CACUUGCUCACAACAGUAUCUUCCUCCCGCCAGCCCUCGCCAGCACUUACCUGUCCAUCAAUUAUGGACAUCUGGCAGUGCCAAAGCACCCCCCUGCCAUGAUACUACGAUCCGCAAUUCUGCGCCGGCCGCAAUUGGCCCGAGACUCGGUCGCUGUAUGCUUGCAAUGCCUGUCCAAAGCAAGCCGUGCAGCAGCCACUCGCAGCUUCGCCGUGUCGCGAUUCCAGCGGUCCAGUGCUGCCGAUGAGCACUCUGGCAUACCAACUGCGCUCCAAAAGGAGUAUUUCUUUUCUCGUGAUCCUGUCAGGAAUAGAUCGAAAGAAGGCGUGCUGUCCUCGCUAUCUGCGGCUCGGGGCAAUCACACAAGGACAAUACAAAAUGGGAUGACGACCACAGAGGGCAUUGCCAGCUCGACUUCCUCACUAAAUACACGGGAACAAGAACGACCCCACAGAAGACGCAAGCGAUUAAAAGAAGAGGCCAAGGCAAAUGCAGACGAAGAGCAACUCCCCCCUGAUGCCUCUGCUCGACUCUCCGCCGUCUCCGCUACACUCCCAACAUCCUCACUUCGCCGUAAAGUCGCUGCAUACCUCGCUCUCGCGAAGCCCCGCUUAUCCGUUUUGAUCCUUCUCUCGACGACGUCCGCAUAUGGUCUUUAUCCGAUUUCCACGCUUCUCUCCCUUGAUCCGUCAAUCGUACAGCUUCCUACCUUGUCUACCUCUACCCUUACGUUCCUCUAUCUGACGGCGGGCACAUUCAUAUCAUGCGCAAGUGCAAAUACUUUCAACAUGUUUUUCGAACCUAAAUACGACGCUCUGAUGCAGCGGACGCGGAACAGGCCCCUUGUCCGAGGCCUGGUGUCUAAUCGCGGUGCCUUGAUUUUUGCCGUUCUUAGUGGUAUUGUGGGUGUCGGCUUGCUAUACGUCGGCACAAACCCUACCGUUUCGGCUCUAUCGGCGGCAAAUAUUAUUCUCUAUGGCUUUGUAUAUACUCCUAUGAAGAGAAUACACGUGAUCAACACAUGGGUUGGCGCCAUAGUUGGCGCCAUUCCGCCAAUGAUGGGUUGGGUUGCUGCCGCCGGUCAAACCGCUACGACUGGCCAUGACACAUGGAAAGAUAUGCUUUUCAGUGAAGAAAGUAUCGGGGGGUGGAUACUGGCUUCUAUGCUGUUUGCUUGGCAGUUCCCGCAUUUCAAUUCCCUCUCUCAUUUAAUCAAAGACCAAUACAAACUCGCAGGCCACAAGAUGAUGUGCUGGGUGAACCCUGCUCGAAAUGCUCGAGUGGCACUUCGAUAUUCAAUCCUUAUGUUUCCUAUAUCAGUCGCAUUCUGGUGGUAUGGAUAUGUGAACGAUUGGUUUUUAGUCAGCAGCGGCCUUGCCAAUGGAUGGAUGGUCAAACAAGCAUUUGUCUUUUGGAAACACCAAGGGGCCAAGGGUAGUGCUCGAGGUCUCUUCUGGGCUAGUGUCUGGCAACUUCCUAUCUUUCUGAUUGGCGGACUUGCCACCAAGAAGGGGGUAUGGGACGGUUUGUGGAGAAGGAUUGUUGGCGAGCCAGAUGAAGAAGUCGAUGAGCUUUAUGACGAGGAAGAGGAAAUCAUUCCAAGAUCCAGAGGGAAUAUUGUCCCAAUUCCCGUGCAAACCAAAGCAUAGAAUAUUUCGCAUAUGGGAGGGACUCAUUGUAUUAUGUGUCCCUGUUGUUCACUUCUCCAAUUGUAUUAUGAAGCUCAUAGAGCAGUCACGGCGUCUUUUCAUUGCGGGUAGAGUCGAAUUUGUACGAUCUCCGAAAUUGAACCGGUAGUUGUUAUAAAUAAACACAUUUCCAUUUUUCACAGAUGAAUAGUCCUACACUACGUCCAAUGCCA